GAAAGAUAUACUCUAUUGCUAGUUUAUUAAUGCUAUACAUCUAUGGAUGGUAUCAAAUCGAAAGUCAAAAUAUGACGUUUAAUAUUUCAAAACAAAAAUAAUUGUUACAAAAAUAAAACAUAGCAAUCUGAAAACCAGCGAAAUACUGGACUGUUUUUAUAAUUAUGUCUUCGGGAAGUCGUGUGGUAGUUUCUCAAGUAAUACGACAUCAAACUACUGAAGAAGAACCAAAGAAAAAGUCGAGAGAAGAUUGGAGAAAAGCAAAAGAACUUGAUGAAGCUCGUAAAGCAGGCACUGCUCCGGCUGCCGUUGAUGAAGAAGGAAAGGACAUAAACCCACAUAUACCGCAAUAUAUAGCUAAUGCUCCUUGGUAUUAUGGAGCCGCUGGACCGACACUAAAACAUCAACGCCCUCAGCAUAUUUCCGAAGAAGAUGAGAGUAAAGAUUUAAGUGUUAUACCAAAGAAAGGCACAGAUCUCUCAAAAGUAAUUACGAAAUAUCGAAAAGGAGCAUGUGAAAAUUGUGGGGCAAUGACACAUAAAAAAAAGGAUUGUUUGGAAAGACCUAGGAAAAUAGGAGCUAAAUAUGCGGAAGUUGUAGUAGCUUACGACGAACAUAUUCCCCAAAAAAAUGAUUCAGAUUAUGAUCAAAAGCGCGACCGGUGGAAUGACUAUGAUCCAGCCUGCCAUAAGGAAAUCGUAGAAGAGUUUGAAAAAGUUGAAGAAGCGAAAAGACAACUAAAAGCAAGUAAAUUGCAAAGUAACCCAGAAGUAGAACUAUCAGAUGAAGCAGAAGAAGAUGAAGAUAAAUAUGCAGAUGAUUUCGACAUGCCCGGAACCAAAGUAGAUUCAAAACAACGUAUUACCGUUAGAAAUUUAAGAAUACGAGAGGACACUGCUAAAUAUUUAAGAAACUUAGAUCCAAACUCUGCAUAUUAUGACCCGAAAACACGUUCAAUGCGAGAUAAUCCUAAUCCGGAUAAUACUCCAGAACAAUCAGAAUUUGCUGGUGAAAAUUUUGUUCGUUUUACAGGAGAUACACAAAAACACACAAAAGCCCAAUUAUUUGCUUGGGAAGCGCACGAAAAGGGUGUUGAUAUUCAUCUGCUAGCAGAACCAACCAAACUUGAGCUGUUACAAUCAGAAUACGAUAAAAAGAAAGAACAAUUCAAAUCUCAGACUAAGAAUCAAAUUUUAGAAAAGUAUGGGGGGGACGAACAUUUAAAAGCGCCUCCAAAAAGCUUACUUUUGGCUCAAACGGAAGAAUACAUCGAAUAUUCGAGAAGUGGAAAAGUGGUUAGAGGCCAAGAAAAGCAAAAAGUUAAGAGCAUUUAUGAAGAAGAUGUUCUCAUAAAUAAUCACACAUCUAUAUGGGGUUCAUUUUGGGAUAAGGGAAUGUGGGGGUAUAAAUGUUGUUACUCCUUUGUAAAAAAUUCUUACUGUGUUGGAAACAGAAAUAUGCAUACUGCUGACGUGGACCAAAGUAAUAACAGUGAAAACCUGGAGAAAAGCGACAAAAUUAUGUCAGAAACAAGUUUUGAAAGUCACAGAAAGAAAUUGAAAAAACCUAAGCAUAAAAAGAAAGAAAAAACUAAGGAGAAAGAUUAUUCGGAAAAAACUAUAGAAGAAUUAGAAGAAGAACAGAAUUUGGAACAUUUAAUGGAAUUGAAUGAAAGAAAACGAAAAUUUAAUAGUAUGUACGAAAAUAAGGCACCAACUGAAGAAGAAAUGGAAGAGUUCAUGAAGAAACGACAAAGAGAAGAAGAUCCAAUGUUGAGUUUUGUAAAAUGAAAUAAAAAACUUGUAUU